CUCUCUCUCCCUCUCUCUUCCUCUCUCUCUUUCUCUGUUGCACCCUCCCUCCCUCCGUCCAUCUCUCCUCUUUCACUCUAUCAGAGUAUGGAGUUAAAACCUUACAGUUUGUUUUACACAUGAGGAUAGGAGAGUAAGUGAUAGUGAGAGUAGCGCAAUAAGAAAGAGAGAAAGAAAGAAAAUAAGAAAGAAAGUUAAUUAAGAAAAAAGAGAAAAAGUAACUAAAAGUUAAGACAACAGAUGAACAGCUGAAAAGAUGAGGACAGCAGGAUGAAAGAGGAAACAAAUGAAUUUGGGGACAGAGUGUCAAAAAAGUUCUGAAGAGGGAGAAAUACGUUUUGUGAUCAUCCUCUUUCCCUCUUUAGUCUGAAUGUUUAAGAAUCAACAGUUCAAGAGGAAAUGACAGGGACUAAGACUUUUUUUUAUUUGAGAUAUGUUCAAUGAAUUGAUUAUAAUAAGACAGUAAAAACUGUUUUAUUAUGGGGAGUAGCCGUUUCGAUGUUCUAAAUUCAGCAUUUUCCUGUCAAAAUGUAAAAUCAAGCUUUUGUCAACAACAUUUUUGAAUCCCAUCAGGAAAUAUAUAAUUAAAUCAAAGAAACAUAGCCUACAUUUUGACCCAAAAAAACUGCUGAGACGCUUUGUCCAACCGACUAGAUUCCACAUAUAAAUUGAUAUGUUGAUCUGUAAACUCAUUGUCCAGAUAUUGUAAUGAGCCAGCCUCGGAGAUAUGGCUACAGACUUCGUAUGAACUUGUUUUAGUUGAAAAUGUCCCAUGCACGUCGCUCUGUUCCCACACUUCACUUCUUCUUUGCUUGGUAUUUGCUCGGGAUUAUUUUUUGCCUGAAAGACAAAACUGUGGGCAAAGAAACCCCAUAACCAAUCAAACACCAACAAGAACAACCUCAAAUCACCUUUCGUUGGGGCUUUGACGCGAGCGCGCGAGGUGAUGCCGCCCGCUCCUCAUCGACAGUGAUGGAUGUGGAUUAAUCUCAAUCAACUCAGAGCAUAUUCUCUGCUGGAUUAAAACAACCGUGCAGGAGGAAAGGAAAACCAUGGUGCACAGAGGAGAUUUCAGAAGCCAAACAAGCUGGGAGACCGGGGUGGCCUCUAUGAUGCAAAACAAGGUCCACGCUCUCUGCAGUGAAGGUCACAGUGGAGUUAACCAGCUUGGAGGUGUGUUUGUGAAUGGAAGACCUUUACCUGACUCUACCAGGCAGAAAAUAGUAGAGCUGGCACAUAGUGGAGCUCGACCCUGUGAUAUAUCCAGAAUACUACAGGUGUCUAACGGUUGUGUGAGCAAGAUCCUGGGCAGAUACUACGAGACCGGUUCAAUCCGUCCUCGAGCCAUAGGUGGGAGUAAACCCAGGGUGGCCACCCCAGAGGUGGUGGGAAAGAUUGCUCACUACAAGAGAGAGUGUCCUUCCAUUUUUGCCUGGGAGAUCAGAGAUCGACUGCUGGCUGAAGGAGUCUGCACCAACGACAAUAUACCCAGUGUUUCUUCCAUUAAUCGUGUGCUCAGGAACCUGGCCAGUGACAAGCAGCAAAUGGGCACAGUGGGCACUGAAGGGAUGUUUGACAAACUCAAGAUGCUCAAUGGACAAAGCACCUGGGGAGGACGUUCAGGCUGGUACACUGGGACUACAAUCACUGCUAAUGAGUGUCCACAGGCAGACGGAGGGGAGGAGAACACCAUCUCAGUGAGUUCUAAUGGUGAAGACUCAGAGGAGACUCAGAUGAGACUUCAGCUGAAGAGGAAACUGCAGAGAAACAGAACGUCUUUCACUCAGGAGCAGAUAGAAGCACUGGAGAAAGAAUUUGAAAGGACUCACUACCCAGAUGUUUUUGCCCGAGAGCGCCUUGCCAACAAAAUAGACCUCCCAGAGGCGAGAAUACAGGUUUGGUUUUCCAACAGACGAGCAAAGUGGAGGAGAGAGGAGAAGCUGAGAAAUCAGCGUCGGCAGGUGUCCAACUCCUCUAACCAUAUUCCCAUCAGCAGCAGCUUUAACUCCAGUAUUUACCAACCUCUACCCCAACCUACCACACCAGUGUCCUUCUCAUCAGGAUCCAUGUUGGGAAGAUCAGAUCCAGUCCUUUCCAACAGCUACGGCCUUCCAGCCAUGCCCAGUUUCAGUAUGGCUGCCAGUCUGCCUAUGCAAGCAUCCAGUCAGACCUCAUAUUCCUGCAUGCUACCCACCAGUCCCACCAUAAACGGAAGAAGUUAUGAGACGUAUACUCCUCCACACAUGCAGCCACACCUUAACAGCCAGUCGAUGGGCUCCUCUGCAACGUCGUCAACAGGUCUGAUUUCUCCUGGUGUCUCAGUUCCAGUCCAGGUUCCAGGAAGUGAAGCUGACAUGUCCCAGUACUGGCCACGACUGUAGUGAUCAGCAGCAGUAAACGUUGCAAGAGAACUGUAUUGGACAUCAAUGCAUGACCAAUCUACUACCUACUUUACAACCUGAAUGUAAAAAAAAAAAGGACCUGUGAUUAACUGAAACAGACUGCGCAGCAGCAAAUAAUAAUGAAGAAUUGAGUCUCAUUGAUGAAUGCGAGGAAACAUUUAAACCAAAUUCUGGACACAAGCAGGAAACAAGGAGCGUGUCUACUCCACUCUACCAAUGGGAGGAUCUUAUUAUUGUUAACCAGUAAUGGUUCAACUACACCUGAUCUUGUGGAGCUCUCUUUUCGCAUCAGUUACUGUUAAAGAUCUGUCUGUUGAGAACCCUCUUUUGCUGGCCCAGAAAUGAAAGCUACAGACUGAGCUGUACUCAGGAAGCUCAGGAACGUGGACCAUCUAAUGCUAAAAAAUUAUACAGCUCGGUAUCCAUUUGGACAUUAGGAGGGAGAACAUAUUACCUCUUCUGUCAGUUCCUUAUUUAUAUAAUGUUGUAUUUGUAUCAAAGACAAAGAUGGUGACUGAAUUGUAAAGGGAAGAAGUGUCUAAAACUUGAACUGAACUGUCUUCUGUGAAUUUGUUUCAACAGCAUAUUCAAAAAGGCCUGUCCACAAAUGUGUAUAGAAUUUCAGAAAGUGGAUUCUGGUGAAUUGUGUUUGGUAUUGUAAAAUUCUUGAACUGGAUGUGAUCUGCUUACUAGCAUGGACUCUCUUUCAUGACCUUCAAAUGAUGUCUAUUAGGAGGGGUUGGGGGAUUCAACAUUUACCAUCAAUUAAGACAGGAAGCAGAACAAGUGAUGGCUUAUAUUGUGUCUGUAAUGUUAAUCUGUUUCUAAUUUCAGAGUGUAAAGUAUUUGUCCUCUCCAGUUAUCUUGGGGGGUUCGAUAAUAAAGACAUUUGAAUCAGGAGAGACAAUUGAAUAAAGAAAAUUAUUUAUUACA